CAUCAGCCAACAGUUUCCGGUGUACAGUCAGUGAGACUUCUUCCGGUCGGAGUCCACACACGCAGACAUGCCACUUGCAAAGGAUCUGUUGCAUCCCAGCUCUGAGGAGGAAAAGAGGAGACACAAGAAAAAACGGCUUGUGCAGAGUCCAAAUUCAUAUUUUAUGGAUGUCAAAUGUCCAGGUUGCUACAAGAUCACCACAGUGUUCAGCCACGCUCAGACUGUAGUGCUGUGUGUCGGCUGCUCCACGGUCCUCUGCCAGCCUACAGGAGGCAAAGCUCGUCUGACAGAAGGAUGCUCAUUCAGGAGGAAACAGCACUAGUUUGACCAGAUUGAUUGUGAGUAACAGCUAAGUGAAAUGAACCACAACUUGACGGUCAUCAAGUGACACUGCCAUGGAGCGGAAGCAGCGAAAAGGGAAUGGAGAGCGGGAAAACAAAAAUCAUGUAAUAUAAGAAGCCUAUUUAAAUAAUAAUAUGCACAGAGAAAUACUUUGCCUUGUCGAGACCCCAAACAUCCAUUUAUUCUUCUCUUAAUAAACGUAGGCUGUUUUUUGUUAAAAUAAUCUUGCAUGUUUGUCAUCAAGUUUGUUCUUUGCAUUUCAUGAAAGUCAUUAGAUGUCAUUUGUGUUGUAAAAGACAACUUAGAACACUUCAGGUGGAACAAUGUUUAAAAUGUGAACAAAUCAGGGCAUUUGAGGACUCAUCCACAUAUAUGGUCUCAAUAUGUUUUGAGGCAAGAGAUUUGCAUUUGUUUGCAGUGCUGUUUGUAUUUAAUUGAUUUUAGCACAGACAUUUGCAGGAAGAUAAGGGUAUGAAGUGAGCCUGCAGAUAUUUUCUAACAUAUGCUCAGCACUAUAUAGAUUUAUGCAAACUUCUUUUCAUAAAUAUAGACCAGUUACAGGAAAGGAGACACACUGUGGCUGAAAUUGCAAAUUACAUCUAAGAAACUGUCUUUUUACUACAGAAUUUUACAACGUUAAAGCCACACUCUGCAUAAUUGAAUAUUGAUUGAUGUGUGUUUAGAGCUUGCAAUAAUUACCGACACUAAAUGGUUAAAUACAUCUGUCAAUUUAACGCCACAGUGAAGUCAACAUUUUAUGUAAGGUAGAUGAUGUCAUCAGUGCCUGCUCCACAGGCGGUUGUGUCGGCACAUGGCCCCGCUCUCAGAUUCUGGGAAAGCCGUCGCUGGUUCUGCUUCCAUUUUCUGAUGCUUGUAAAGCACAAAUACAGUGACGUGACAAUUUUAAAUGUCAUCCUAAAGAACACUGAAGUUGUGAAUUUACAUGUGAUUGCAACCUUCCUGUAAAAAUGAGAUCAAUUCUCAUGAAGUUGCACAAAAAUCACUGUUGCUUGGAUGAAGUGGGAACUGUUAAAGCUGUGUUUUUCAAUCCUGGUUCUGGGCUUCCUUACCCUGCAUGUCUUGUUUCCCUGCACUCCUGAUUCAAAUGAAUGGAUCAUUAUAAGGCUCAGAAGAGCUUGAUGACAAGCUAAUUAUUUGAAUGAGGUGUGCUGGAAGGACAGGGGAGCCCCAGGACCGGGAUUAAAACAACACUGUUAAAAGAAUCAAUGACAUAAUUGAAGCUGUGUGACCUACAGAACUCUUAGGUUUUGUUCAGUCUCCUGGGCAUGUAGGCCAUUUGCACAGUCUCCAUGACAGCAUUGAGUUGUACAUUUAAUAAAGAAUUAAAUCAGGAGAGGGAGUGAUUCAAUGAUACUUUUUACUUGUUGCCAUGGUGAUAUUGUUUGUGUCUUGCUUGUAUAUUAAAAAAGGCUUACAAAUAAAAUCUUGGUGAAUGGGAAUGCG